UGCAGUGUCCCACCUGGUCAUGAGACCUGUCAGUGUAGAGCAGAUGAUAGGCCAACAGGACACCACUCCCAUCGGCAUGCUCUCUCCCUCCCUCUCCACCUCCUCUGUCCCAGCGUCCUCUGCUCUGGCUGUGACUUCAGCAGUGACCCCGGCAACCCUGAGCCCCGCCCCCCAGCUGCAGCAGCCAAUCAUCAGUAAGAAGGCGACAGAGCCGGUGCUGUACACCAAUAACAAGUGUCCUGAGUGUAAGGUGCAGUUCUGCAGCAAGGCUGAGGUGGCUGCCCACUUCCAAGAGGUCAAACCAGCCCUUAACACUUCCUGUACGGAGUGUUCUCCUCCCAUGCUCCUUCCUAACGGCUGCAGUGCCUCUGCUCACGCUCGCAUCCACAACCCCCGCCCCCCCUACGUCUGCCCAGAGUGUGGGGGUGUGGCCAAGCAGCCAGCCUUUCAAUCCCAUUUGGAGGAGGCCUGUCUCCAUUUCACACGACGCAUCGGAUACAG